AUGAAUUUUUAUUAUGUUAAUCAAAUUAAUACUCUUUAUAAACAUUAUUUAAAUGAACAUUUUACUUCUAAAGAAAAUAAUGAAGAAACAUUAUUUAUUAAAAAAUUACAUAAAGAUGCAAUUAUUCCUACAAGAGGAACAGAACAAUCAGUAGGUUUUGAUUUAUAUAGUAUUGAUGAUAAUAUUAUUUAUCCACAUGAUAGAUGUUUAAUUUCUACAGGAAUUGCUGUACAAAUCCCACAUUCCUGUUAUGGUAGAAUUGCACCAGGUUCAUCACUAGCAAUUAAAUAUGGAAUUGAUAUUGGAGGAGGAGUUAUUGAUGAAGAUUAUAGAGGAGAAAUAAAAGUAAUAGUAUUUAAUCAUUCAAAUACUAUAUAUAGAUGCAAGAAAGGAGAUAGAGUUGCACAACUUAUUAUUGAAAAAAUAAAACAAUGUAAAAUUGAAGAAGUGAAAGAAAUAAGUGAAACAAUAAGAGGAGAGAAAGGAUUUGGAUCAACAGGUAAAUGA